UCCAACAUGGCUACCCAUUGUUGUGAAGCUGCUAUAAAGCUAGUUGAAAUCAAAGUAAAAUGAACAGUAAAUAGUAGAAAAUAAUAUCAUAGUAAGAUUUACAUGGUGUAUGUAGCUAUCGCGAAGCUUUUGUCAAAGUAUAAUGCCCUGUUGGACGCGUGUUGUUUCAUUUUGGAUGAAAAACGUACUUCAUUGUGGGUAGCAUGCUAGUCUCUAAGCUAGGCUAGCUAGCAGUAGCUCAGAUAAAAAAUAGUCCUGCUAAUCAGUUUCUCAUAAAAUUGUAGCAAUGUUGGGAUUUUUGACAGCAAGGCAGGCUGGACUGGAUGACCCACUGCGACUGCGACGUGCAGAGUCAACGAGAAGGUGAGAGAAUACAGGGUCCUUGGUCUGAAGUUGAAUCCUGACAGAGAUGUAGACCGAGUCCAUGGAAAUGGCAUCAACACCAUUGACAUUGAAGCAAUAGAAGGCAGAUACAUGUUGUCUGGAGGUGCAGAUGGAGUAAUCGUUAUCUAUGACCUGGAGAACUGCAGUGGGAAACCACAGUACACCUGCAAGGCAGUCUGCACAGUGGGCAGGUCUAGCCGGUAUGUCCACAAAUUCAGUGUAGAGACGGUUCAGUGGUAUCCUUAUGACACAGGCAUGUUUGUCUCCAGUUCCUUUGAUAAGACCAUGAAGGUCUGGGACACAGAGACACUGAAGCCUGCUGAAGUCUUUGAGUUUGAGGGCAAUGUCUACAGCCACCACCUGUCCCCCAUCGCCAGGAAACACAGUCUCGUUGCAGUUGGCACCAAAAACCCUAAAAUCCAGCUGUGUGACCUGAAGUCUGGUUCACGGAUUCAUGUUCUUCAGGGUCACAGAGCAGAGGUCCUGUCUGUGCGGUGGUCGCCCAGAUAUGAACACAUCUUGGCCACCGCCAGUGCAGACAGCAAGGUCAAAGUAUGGGAUGUGCGUCGGGCUUCUGGCAGUCUCUUCACUCUGGAUCAGCACAAUGGAGACAAGUCAAAAGCCGCCUCUGAGGCAGUGAACACAGCCCAUAAUGGCAGAGUGAAUGGCCUGUGCUUCACUGGUGAUGGCCUUUACCUCCUCACAACUGGAACUGAUGACCGUAUGAGACUAUGGAAUAGUGCCACUGGGGAAAACACACUGGUGAAUUACGGGAAGGUCUGCAACGAGAGUCGAAAAAGGCUACAGUUCACAGUGUCACGUGGCUGCAGCCCAGAGUUUGUGUUUGUGCCGUGCGGCAGCUCCGUCGCAGUGUACGCCCUACACACCGGAGAGCUGGUCACUAUGCUAAGGGGUCACUACAACAACGUUGAUUGCUGCGAGUUCCACCCAGACUACCAGGAGUUGUAUAGUGGAGGUAAAGACUGUAACAUCCUGGCGUGGAUUCCUGUCCUUCGUGCCUCAGAUGUGGAGGAAGAGUCAAACUGUACAAAUCAGGCUGCUGCUGGCCAGUCUUCAGUGAACCCUGCCUUUCAGGAUGCAUGGAGCAGUGAUGAAGAUUAAUGCUGGUGUUUUGUAUGUGUGGGAAAAGUAGCCACAUGGUCAUCGGAGGAUGCAAAUUAGCAAACAUCCCGCACGAUAAACUUGUCACAAAAUGACUGGUCCUGGGACACAUGAUAAUCACAGGUUUAGGGAAAUCUUUCCUGUUUCAUCAUGUCAAAGAUGAAGGCCUUAAAAUUAAAGUGAUUUGUGUAAAUAAUUGUCUGAUUUUAUAAGUACACAACAAUGUUCUGAAUAAUUUUUGUUUUUCUACAUUUGAUAUGGCAUUUCUAUUGUUUUGCAAUUUGAAUGUAAAGCCAACGUGGUCCUUCAUCAUACUCAUGAGGGAUAACCACCAUUGUUUGUGCAAAUUCUAAUAUGAGACAACCCCUCACACAUUUGAUAUGAUACUGACAUUAUAUUAGGUUUAUGCAGUCUGUAUUAUCACAUAUACAGAGGAUUUUGGUUAAAAGGACAUUAUAGAGGCUAUAGAGAGAUUUGUAAAUUUAAACAGGUUCCAGUCUUUUAGUUUGUGUGUUUCUGCAGCUGAGUUAAGAAGAGAGUACCCAUAAUCCUCACAUGGGAGAAACCAGGCAUUCAAAAACACAGAUUCAUUCCUGGGAAAAUUUGCAUUUGUUUAUACAGUAAGUCCUGCUUUCAGCCUCUGUCGAGAGUAGCAGUAGGGAAUGACACUGAAACCUCUCUCUCUCUCUGUCCCACCCCCCUUCACAGUUUUACAUAUUGGCUUUGUUGCCUUUCAAACCCGUGGAACUUAUGUGAUGCUUCAUACUGACCCAGAAAAACAAUGUGGAGUUAUCAACAUUGUUAUCCUUUUAGAAUAUACCAUUAUUUCAUGCAUAUGAAUUAUUUAUAUCCAGGAUACUGUGUCUGUCUCUCUCCUCAUAAUGUACCACUCCAUUCUCUGUUUCCCAGAUUACCUGAAGUGUCUUGAAUUGUACAGUUUUUUUUUUUUUUUUUUUAAUAAAUUGUCUGUCGCCUGUCUUAUAAUAAAAGUGCUGGGGAUACCACCUUA